UUUAGUUUCCUUCAGAAAUGAUUUACUUUUUCUUGGUUGGAUAAUGGCAGCCUCCUCCUCCUGCUUCGCAAUUCCCUUAUCUUCUUCUCGAUCAUCUUCCAAUGCCAUCCCAAAAUGCAAAACGUUAACCUCUUCUUGCUUUUACGUAGCAUCUCUCAAAGCUUCUACCACCUCUUUCCAUCUCUCUUCUCUUUCUCGCCAACGACUGCAACUCAAGGUCUUUUCUUCUUCUUCAGAAUUAUCAGUUCUGGAUGAAGCGACACAAGAAGCAGAAGAAGAAGAAGUUAAAGCUGAUCGAGAGACAGGAGAAGAAACCGAAGCGGAGCCAGUGGUGACGAAGAAACCGAGACCUUGCGAGCUAUACGUUUGUAAUAUCCCAAGAAGCUAUGACAUUACUCAGCUUCUCGACAUGUUUCAGUCUUUUGGAACUGUCAUCUCCGUCGAGGUAUCUCGAAAUCCAGAGACUGGAGAGAGCCGUGGAAGCGGUUAUGUCACAAUGAGUUCUAUCAACUCUGCCAAAAACGCCAUUGCUUCUCUUGAUGGAAAUGAAGUAGGUGGUCGGGAGAUGCGGGUUAGGUACUCUGUUGACAUGAAUCCAGGAACCAGAAAAAACACAUCAGCCUUGAACUCAACACCUAAGAAGAUUCUCAUGUACGAAAGCCCAUACAAGGUUUAUGUCGGAAACCUCCCUUGGCUCACGCAGCCUGAUGGUUUGAGAGACCACUUUAGCCAGUUUGGUACUGUCGUGAGCACCAGAGUGUUGCACGACCGCAAGACUGGGAAAAACAGAGUCUUUGCCUUUCUUUCCUUUGCGAACCUUGACGAACGUGAUGCUGCUCUUUCGCUCAAUGGAACAGAAUAUGAAGGUCGCAGAAUCAUAGUCAGACAAGGUAUCGAGAGGACCGAGUCUUAAAAACCACCAGUUCCCCUUUUGCUGCAAAAAACAUUUUCUUCGACAAAGUAACCUUUUUUAUUUACACCAUUCGCUCUGUUUUUUUUUUUCUAUUCUUGAAGUUCCUCUUCGAUUGUAACUUCUCCGACUCAUCUACUUUUUACAAAUGAAGUGUAAUCGUCAGUCAAUCUCCUUAAGUCUCUAAGUGCAAUGCUUUCUUGUU